AUGGCGCAGUCCCCUUUUUCGGCCGCCGUGCGGCAUCGCAACGGGAGAUCCGCCAGCUUCUCCGAGCUGCUGUAUCUCCCGAUCAAAGACACCAACACACAUGUGAUCCUGCCUGCGGCGCCGCCACCGGAUCUCGCGUCUUCGCGGCAGCCUGGCGAGCGCCUUUCCCGCGGCGACGACGGGGAGUUUCCGACCGGAGUCUCUGUGUUUGUGGAUGAGUCCGAGUGCCGAUUGAUUGGCGAAAUGCUCAAGCGAGAGGUCUGUGUCUUGCACCACUGGUUGGACUGCGCGCUCCACUUCCACGCGAACCACAACGCCUCUUCUUUCCUCUCGAUUCUGCAAGACGCCGACUACUGCGCGAACACGGUGCUGUACUCCAACAGCGACAUCUCCAACCAGCCUCUCGCGGAGCUGCCGCCCGCGCCGAGUCCCGAGACACGGCUUCGCGGCCUCCACGGCGCGUCGCACCUGACGGCAGGUCGCGAACCUGGGCCCGCGGAGGUCUCUGAGCCUGCGGACGGCGAGCGGGCUGGAUGGGAUGGCGACUGGCGGGUCUUCGUGGAUGCGGCGAUGGCUGCCCAUCACACGCACGCCGCGCUGCGCGCGCGCGACCAAGUCACCCGCCACGAGGAACUGCUGAAGAGUGAAGAGUGGAGACAGAAAGCUGAGGCUGCCGCCGGCCUGCCUGAGGCCUCGCGGAAGAAGGGUGGCGGCGUCGACAUCCCGCUCCUGAUGCGCAAAGACCCCCACCUGCUCUCGGUUAACAGUGCGGCCUUUCUGAAGAUCGCCAAGGCUCUCCUUCUCAACGUCGACGCCGCGAACCCGCCAGCUGGACCGCCUGGCGCGACGACCGUCUCCGGACCUUCUGGAGGCGCAGCAGGAGCUCUAGGAGGACGAGGCCCAGGAAGUGCAGCGCCGGGAGCGCCCGGCGUCCCGCUCGACGGCGCCCCUGGGCCGCACCUGUCGCACGCCUUUGCUCUGCCCCAGGAGCAAGGAAUGCUCCUGGGGCAGAGCGCAAGCGAGGUGAAGGCCGCCGAGGAACUCUUCCGAUUGGCAGCUGUCCAUACACCGCUCCACGCGGUGCCGCUCCUCGGGCUGGCGAGCUGCGCCGUGUACGAACGAAGGUGGGAAGACGCCCUGCAGUACUACUGCCGCUUGAUUGCCUACUCCCCGGUCCCUGACGUCCAGAGCUCGGCGUCUUCCGACCCUGUCGUGGUGAAGACGGUCGCUUCGUCUCCGCCGGUUCCCGAAGCCAAGCCGCCGUCUGCCGCCGCCAAGGGCCGUGCGGGCUUCUGUCCGAGACGCUAUGCCGCGGAUCUGCGCUUUGCGGCAGGAAUGUGUUUUCUCCGUUUGUCUCGCCACUCCGAAGCGCGCCGAGCCUUCCAGCGCGCGGUGGCCAUCGACCCCAGUCACCAAGGUGCGCUGUGUGGCCUCGCGCGCCUCGUGAAGCCCGGUCCGUCGCAGCUCGUUGACGAGCAGCAGCUUCUCCUCGCCGCUCACCGCUGCUGUCCGAGCGACGCCUCCGUACUCCUCCAACUCGCCGCCCGCUGUCUCCUCGUCGGGGACCUGAGACAGGCAGAAAGCUUGCUCCGCGUCGCCCAGCCCCCGCCGUUCUCCCUCGAACUUCUCGCUGAGCAACGCUACCUGAAGGGUUGGCUGCUCCAGCUCCAAGGCCAGACGUGGCGAGCCGUCGGCGAGCUGCAGCGGGCGCAGCAGCUGCGGCCGCGACACCCUGCGACCGUGUUUCGACUCGCGCAGUGUCUCCUACUCCUGGGCGGAGUCGAGCGCAUCAUAGAGGCUCAAGGGCUUCUCGAGAGUCUGCUGCGUCUGCUUCCUCGCAGCUUCGAGGUCCGCCGGCUCAUGGGAUGUGCCCUGCUGGCCGAGGCCGAGCAGCGGGGCCUCUGGGCAGCCGACGGCGCAGAUCGCGCGGAAAAAGACCCGUCCGGCAAAGCCGAGGGAGCGCGAGGCGGCGCCGCAAACGCAGGUCUGACCGCUUGCUUGCGGCUGUACCAGCGCGCGCUGCAGGAGUUGAAGAAGGCCGCAGAAGCGAACGAAGAGGACCCUGCCACGUGGAUGCUCCUCGCCCGCUGUUACGAGUCCCUUCUCGUGACGGGCCAAGAUCCGCGGUUUCAGCGCCCCUGUCUCCAGGCGUACGAAACCAUUGUUCGCCUCGCUCUCGCCCAACAGCAGCUGCACGCGGGCGGGGACGAGAAGGCGCCCGCGUCGCUGGCUGGAAAGGCAGAAGUUGUCGACGACGAGGUUGCCAAAGUGGCGAGCCUCGACGACGUGUUCGCGGGGCGGGUGGCCAUGCCCGAGGGUCUGCCUCUCGAGCUGCUGAACAACAUGGCUGUCCUAUACCUGGUUGCCAGCUACCCGAAAAAAGCCCGCCUGCUGUUGACCCGCGUCUUGGACCAGUUGACCGCGGAGGCAAAAGAGCGCGGCGUCGGAAGCGCGGAAAAAAGAAGCGACGGCAGUCCAGGCUCGGAGGCGAAGGUGACUGGUGACCAAGGCGUAGGUGGGGCGAGUCCAGCUGACGACAAACAUCUGACGAGCGGCCGCGCUGGGCCUCCUGGCGGCUCCGAAGGCGGGAAAGCCGCGGCCUAUACAGCUGCGUCGACGCUGGCGCUGAGUCAGCUCGUCGCGUUCAACCUCGCUCUCGUUCUGAUGUCGAUCGGGUCGUACAGCUCCGCCAGUUCAUAUCUCAAAGAACUGUGCGGGUCUUCGGCGUCUCCUGGAGGCGCGCGGAAUCCAGGAGCGACAACGCUCGCUGUCCCCUCUGCAUGGCUCCUCCGCGCGCGACUAGCUGCGGAGCGAGGAGACAUCCUCGCUGCCAAGCGCCUGUGCGAGGCUGCCAAGGCGACAGGCAUCACCGCGGCUCUGAACUCCACCCCCUCCGCCCUGCGCUCCGGGGGAGCGUCCGCCGACGCGGCACUGACACUGGCUGAGAUCUUUGUGGGGUGCGGCAAGAUCGAGGCCGCGCUGACGUCUGCCUUGCGAGUGGCGGGCCUUAAGAACCGCGGGGGCGAACGCGACCCGUUCGCUCUGACCUUCGUCGCCGUGCUCCAGCGCCUCAAGGCCAAGCGCCUGCUCCAGCAACAAAGCAUUGAAAAGGCUAACGGGGCGCUGGCAGAGUCCCGGUAUUUCUUCACGCUCUCGCUCCAGUCCUCUCCCAGCAAUUGUCACGCGGCAAACGGCCUCGCAGUCCUGCUGGCCGAGGAGAAUUUGACGAAAACAGCCCUGAGCAUGUUGCGGCUUCUCCUCGAGUGUUCGGGAUGCAACACCGAACUGAAAGCGACGAUCCACACAAACUGCGGGCUCCUGCUCGCGGCGCUCGCUCUCACUGAGAGGCCCGACAUCCGCCUCACGGAGGAUGUGUCCAAAGCUGACCAUCAGAAACUCCAUCGCGCCUUUCGCCACCUGAUGAUCGCUCUGGAAGCUGCCCCGAUGCAGAAGGAUCUGUAUCUCCUCAUGGGGCGCCUGCUGUACGACUGCAUGAAAUUUGACGCUGCAGUUCUCCUCCUCCAGGCUGCAAUGCAGCGGUGGCCAAACGACCUGCGAAUUGCGUACAACUUGGCGGUGUGCAUGGACGCGCGCGUGUGUAGCGACUUGCGCAUGCGAGACAAGAUGCAGGAUCCGCAAGUGAUGAGAGAGUUGCUCUGCAUGUGCCAAGGGAUCGUGCAGAUCCUGACGCGGCUGAUGUACGCCAAGCGGAGCUGGGGCCAUCUCGACCCUCACGCUCUGAAACAAGUUCGACAUGGGCUGUUGCCGCCGAGUGCGCUGGAGAGUCUCGAGCGGAAUGCAGCGCGGUCUGACGGGACGGUGGCGAUCGCCCCAGACGGUGCAGAGGAGCUGCCGAGUCUUCAGCAGCUCGAGACGCUGCUGAUGAAGAGCAGGGACAAGAUUCUGCCGCAUUUGAAGAAAAGUUUGCCACUCAUCGAACAGAACUGGAAAGAGCAACAGGAGCGGCGGGAGGCUCAGCGCCGCGACCAGGAGGAGCUGCGGCGUUCAGCGCAGGAGAAGAAGCAACAGAAACUGCUGCAAGAAGAGGCAGAGCAAGAGAGACAGCUGGAGUUGGCGGAGCGCCUGAUGUUGGAAGCGAAGGAGAUUGCGGCGACUCUCCCUCUGAAGAGAGAAGAGGAGGACGGCGGAGCAGCCGGCAAGAAGCGAGGCAAGGCGGCUGCAGGCGACAAGCGGCGAGGAAAGGCUCAGGAAGACCCCGAUCGAGACUUCUUAAAUGACGACGAAGACGGCGAGGAGCACGUGGAGCCAGACGACGAGAGGGGUCACCGCGAAGGUCGGAAGAAGAAGAAGAAGAGACAGCGAGCCGAGGAAGGCGAAGGGGACGUGGAAGGCGAGGACGAGGACAGGCGAGAGAGAAAGAAGAGGCGCCAUCGCGAGAAGGAAGAGAAGAAGAAACUUAAAAAACAGAAAAAGGAGAAGAAGAAACGCCGCCAUCGGGAAGGCGGGGACGAAGAACGGCGCUCCGAAGUAGACGCUGAGGGAACGGACGCUGAGGGAGAGAGAGCCGAAGGCGAGACAGACCAAAGGGGAGCGCAUCAAGGGACGACGUAUGAGGCGGAAGUCGGCGAUGCAACUGCCGAGGGCGAAGAGCAAAGAGAUGACAUUUCGCGGGUCCCUGCGGACUCUGGAGAUGGGCAUGACGUCGACGAAAUGGAGUCUAAAGGUGGCGUCGAGGCGGCCCACGAAUCAGUAGACGGGUCACCGAAAUCCCAGGACGAUCUCCCACCGGCACCGGAAGGGGAUGCUUUGCCCGAGGAAGAACAACCUGGCGACGCGUACGAACCUCAAGAUGGCGAAGACGCAAUGAGUGAUGAGGGCAAGUUGAAGAAGGCAAAGAAACACAAAAAAGAUAAGAAGAAGCGGAAGAGAGAGAAGGCGAAGAAGAAGAAGCACCGGCAUGAAGAAGGAAGUGAUUACGAACACCAGUUCGAGGAAGCAGAGGCAGAGUUCGAAGGGAACGAGCAAGGCAUUUAUGAUAGCGACGGUGAAGGGAACAAAAAGAGACGCGUAACCGAUGAAGAUGAAGCGGAGUGA